CAAGCUUUCUAGGCGAACACGAGGUCUCGUUCCAUCCCGGCUCGAACAUUCCUACCCCCGCGGCACUCAAGUGUCUUCAAUCAGGGCCUUCCUUUUGGCCCGGAGCCGAUGUUCCGUCAGCCUUUGAGUUUGCCUUUUCGCCCAAAUGCGGUUCGCACACCAAUGUGCGUCCAACGCUCAUGGAGUCUCACUGUCAUUGAAGGGACGGGUUGCUAUCUAGCGGAGAAUGCGAGACGGUUCUCUCACAUACACACGACGACGCCAGUGUCUCCGCCGUUUUCUUCAACCUUCGGUCCCCCAAUUAGCGUCAGUUGCGAUGGGUGGGGUUGCGAUGGACGAGACCGCGUCGUUCAACCUCCGAGUCUCAACGGGACGGCUGCGGGACGGUAUCAGUUCCCUCCUUGCCUUCCUGAGAGACGGAAUACAGUUUGGAAUGCAACCAGCCCCUCUCAUAAUUCCACCAACAGACCUUGAACGAUUGCCUCGUUGCUGUGAUGAACAAUGCCACUGUCACAUCCUGCCCCUGCUCGGCCCUUUCCACCAGGCCCGCCAUUCUCGCCGAUGUCCCGUCUCCGGCUUUCGGAUGCAGGCCCCGGCAUAUCAGGGCUGUUGGAGUUGGCGGUCGAACGAUCGUCUCCCUAGCACGUUCUACCGGUAUGUCGUCUCCGCAUUUGCCCCGGCCCAAGGCAUCAGGCAGUGGCGGCCUGAGAUUCAAGGCAACAGGCUUAUGGCUAGCGAGUGGCAAGAAACCAAGACACCUGGAGCGCCCAACCGGCAAAAAUAUCAAAGCACGGCUUCGAGGGUAGGCUGACGUGAACAGCAAAGGCUAUGGGGCAUUCGUCUGAUUGCCGGUUAUGCAGUUGUGCAAUACACCUCGAGGACCAUUUCACGUUGUGGAAGGCGUCACGGCGAGCGGAUCUCGCAGCUACCCCUAAAGACGAGAGGAACUUCUGCCUCCUCUCAUCAAUCUGUCCUGGUCGCCCAACUGCCAGACCAAUCCGCACGGUCACUCG